CGUCGGAGAGGACCGAUUGGUGGAGACGGACGCCAGUCAGCCGUUCGGGGCGGGACGUGGCCUGGCGGAGGGAGGCUGCGAGUGGACGUAAUUCCCGGCGCCAGAGUCCGGUAGUGAAGUAGAUUCGGGUGAUGUGGAGCGAGGUGGUCAGCGUCCUGCGCGGCGCUGCCCUGGUGGGCAAGGCUUUCGCGGAGACACGGGUGGAUCAGCUGCGAUUUUCUGCCUGCAACUCCGUGCUAAGCGUCGGGGUGAAGAAGGCACAAGUCUCCGCCGAGCAGUGCAUCAGUUCUCUUCUUACGCAACGGCAGAGGGGUGUCCGAGAAUUUAAAGAAGAAACAGCUUCUUAUGAGGCAGAAGAUAAUGCUUCGCUGUGGAACUUUGCGUCGGAAAUGGCUCCUGAGUACUCUGCUGGCGAUAGAACAGGAGGGCACCACGGAUCGCCAGACUCUUCGCAGGGUGGGAGUCCAUCUGGCGCUGGAGCUUCACAGAAACAGGAUGUUGCCCCUCCAGCAGGUAGAGGUUUUGCAAGAGGCGCAGGGCCAACUAGCCCUGGUGUGGGGCAGACGAGGUCGUUCCAUGACAAGACCUCGGUGAGGGGCCUGACACCCGAAGACAUUGCCCAAGCCAGAGACACCAAACAAAGCAGAGAGAAAUUGACUCAGCACAGAACACCAAAGCAAACGCUAAGCGACCGAGCUCGGGAAAGAAAAGUUCCUUCUUCACGAAUCAGUCGACUGGCCAACUUUGGAGGUUUGGCAGUAAGUUUGAGCAUCAGUGCCUUAGCAGAAGUAGCCAAAAAGUCAUUGAAUGGGAGACAGACAUCGAACGGUAAUAAGGCGCUCCUUGACUCCAACCCCUUCCUCUCAGAGGCUAAUGCGGAACGAAUCGUUGACACCUUGUGCAAGGUGCGAGGAGCCGCACUGAAGAUUGGACAGAUGCUGAGCAUCCAGGACAACAGUUUCAUCAACCCCCAACUCCAGAAGAUCUUUGAGCGUGUGCGACAGAGUGCGGAUUUCAUGCCCGCUUGGCAGAUGAUGAGAGUCCUAGACACGGAGCUGGGCCCAAACUGGCGCGACAAGUUGGCGGUGUUUGAGGAGAAGCCAUUUGCCGCUGCUUCGAUCGGACAAGUACAUCACGGAGAACUGAAGGACGGCCGAGAGGUAGCCAUUAAGAUCCAGUAUCCAGGGAUAGCUCAAAGCAUCAAGAGUGAUGUUGAGAACCUCCUGUCUGUGCUGAAGAUGAGCAUCCCCCUGCCUGAAGGUUUGUUUGCUGAGAGCGCCAUUGUGGUACUGAGGCGUGAGCUGGAAUGGGAGUGCGACUACAUUCGGGAGGCUACCUGUGCCAAGAGAUUCAGGGAGCUCCUGAAAGACGAUUCUUUCCUAUACGUUCCAGCGGUGAUCGACGAGCUCACAACGAAGCGAGUUUUUACUGCAGAGUUGGUGUCGGGCAUGCCCCUGGACAAGUGCGGCGAUCUCGAUCAGUGCACUCGGAAUAAGAUUUGCUCCAGCAUACUCGAGUUAUGUCUCCGUGAAGUGUUUGAGUUCAGGUUCAUGCAGACCGAUCCAAACUGGUCCAAUUUCUUUUUUGACGCAGAGAAGCAGAAGUUAACAUUAUUGGAUUUUGGAGCAAGCAGGGAAUAUGGUAAAGAAUUUACGGAUAACUACAUUGAGGUGAUCCGAGCAGCUGCCGACGGUGACCGAGGGAAAGUGCUGCAGAAAUCGCGGGAUUUGAAAUUUCUAACUGGAUAUGAGACAAAGGUCUUCGAGGAUGCUCACGUUGAUGCUGUGAUGACUCUCGGGGAGGCAUUUGCUCAGACCCAGUCCUUCGACUUUGGGUCCCAGGACACCACACGUCGAAUCCAGAGGCUGAUCCCAGUGAUGCUGAAGCAUAGGCUGACACCCCCUCCCGAGGAAUCGUACUCGCUCCACCGUAAAGUGGCUGGCUCCUUCCUCAUCUGUUCCAAACUGCAGGCAAACAUCCCUUGCAAGGAGAUGUUUGACAAGAUCUAUGCUGAGUACUUCAACCAACUGGAGGAGGAGCCAUUUCAGAUGCAGCGUCCUUCGGUGGCCUAGGUUCAGAAGAACGGUUUGGGAGCUAGGACACUGAUUAAAUGUAUUCUUUACAGAUGACAUUCCUAUUGGUGGAUUCUGAGCACUGUAAGUGGAACCUGACCAAUCACGUUCCUUCCACUGUGACCCUCGUCCAAUGGAGUGUUCACCUGCAGGUGGUGGCUUGGUUUAUUGUUUACUUCCUCUCUAGCCCUGAAAACUCCUCCAAUGUGUACGUGAACAUUGACCACCAAGUUCAUGAGUCUGCAGGAAUGCUAUUUUUAAAAUAAAUUUGUCAUAUGUGGGAACUAAUAUUACUUUGGAAUAUUUGUACUAUCAAACAGGAGAGUAUUCAUUGCCUUGGGAUGUCGUUUUUAUUAUUUAUUACAUGUACGUCAGAACAUUAAAACAUACC